CAAUGUCUGUCUGACAUUUUGUGCUUUAUCGCUAAUUAUGAUAUUAUUUUAUUCUUUAGCUAUUUAAGUCAAAUUGUUACAUAUAAUUCACCACGAUGCCUUGAGGAGCCUUAGGGCCUCACGUUUUGUAGUGUGAUGAUAUUAGAGUGCACUAUAAGUGAAGGUAAAAAUGGAUUCCGAAGGAUCCAGUUCUGGUCUGCCGGGUUCAGACAACCAAGAUUCCAAUGAGCCCACUCCUCCAGGAACCGUUAUAAGCUUUCAGAGCACUCCACCCGCUCUGCCUCGCAAACUGCUCCCCUCGUCCAAAGGAGUGGAGAAUGCAAAGAAGCGGCUCCGAGCAUUUUCUAUCCAGAAGAAGACACCUAUUGCAGCUGUCCCGCUGGCCAAGCCGGCAAGUUCAGCUGCGGGGACAGGUACCACAGUGUUGAUCGGUAAGCUGUCGAGUGUGAAGCCCGUACCCCCCAAGGUUGUUGAAGAUGAGACCAAGAAGUUACCGAAGCCACCUAAACCUGGAGCUUACAGAAAGAAUUUCCAGGACUCGUACACGGAGCUGCAGAAACGCACGCUCGCCGAAAUUGAGGACAUGAAGCGUAAAAUGGAGUUGGUGGACCUGGGCAUCCCGCUGGGGCUCAUCUGCCCUAGCGCCACCAACGACCAGGCCAUGCCCACUAAAGCCAUGCCACCGAUCAAGACCUUCCUUGAUGCGAGUAAAGUUGACGAGAUAAUCAGAGACGCAAAGAAAGCGAGGGCCGAAGGUAAAAAGUUCAAAUUCGACUACCAGAAGAUUCUGCCCGACUACGAUAACCCCUUCCAACGUAAAAUUAAAGAUGACGGCGAGAAGGAAAAAGAAGACCCUGCGGAAAAAGAACAGACACACAAGUCCCCUCGUCCUCCAAAACUUAACAGAAUAUCUGUCAGCAGAAGUAGGGAUAGUAAGAGGAAAAGUGACAGAUACGAGAAUUCCAGGAGACAUUCUGACAGAUAUGAUAGACCUAGAAAAAGCGAUAGGGAUAGGUAUAGAGAGAAACAUACUGAUAAGAGUAAAGAAAGGGAUUCUAAGAGAGAAACUAAAGAAUCAGCAAAAAGCGGAGGGUCAGAGAAUGUAGUCGAACAAGACCCUAAAGAGACGGACGUUAAUCUCAGCGAUUACUUGGUGUGUGACAGUUGGUCGUUGGACAACGAUGACAAAACCGCAAGCCCUCAUGUUGACGACAAAUCUAAAUCGACUCCUACAAAAGAAAAGAAAUCCAAAGACGAUAAAAAUACUACAAGAGAUUUAGAUAGAAAGAAAGAGGAUUUGGAGAAAGAAGCAAUUUUAAAAGCAGUCGACAGCCCGAGUCUGAAAAAGAUGGAGAAACUACAACCUGUUAUAGAUUGCUUUGAAUUUGAAAUAGAUCCUAAUGAAGACGACAUAUUGUUUGAUGAGGAUUCUAAACCAGAAGACUUUGCUAAAGUCAAACCUAAGAAAAGCUUCGAUUACAACCAAGAUACGAACAUGUCUGACAGUUUAGCUGAUGACAAUUUCCUAGAAUCGGUUAUAAAUGAAAUUAAACAAGAAAAUAUAAGUGAUGACGAAAGUCAAGAUAAAGGUUUAGUUGAAUACGAUUCUCCUGUAGUUGACUUUAAAUGUCAAGGCACGCCUGAACUAGAUGAUGAUAGCAGGCAACGUUUAAGUCGAACAAGUGACUAUAGCGAUAGCUACAGAUCUACCGACAGUAAGAGUACUGAAAGUGGAUACAGAAGUACAGAGAGUGGUUAUACCUCUAAAAGUGACAGACAGAAAAGUUCAGAAAAGAAGAGUAAAGGUAGAAAAGAGAAAACAACGGAGAGAAAGGAGUUUUUGUCGGUGGAGAAAGAAGUUGAUGAGCCGGAGAGAAAGGUGUCGAGGUCCACGAUAGUGUCGCUGGAGAUGUGGGACUUUGUGCUCAAGAUAUGCCAGCCGCUGCUGUUUCGACAUGAUAAGACCAACUGUUACAAACAAACCCGCGUGCAGCCCUGCGUGUGGUGGGCGGCGCGGCCGACGGCGUGCAGCUGCGUGCGCGGGCGCAGCGUCGUGCUGACCGAGCUGCGCGCGCAGCGCAUGGCGCUCGUCGACCGCGUCUACUCCACUGACCAGAUAUCCGACGGCCCGUUCCCGACCAAACGCUGCUGGUAUCCCCCCCUAGAGCAGUGCCUCACCGAGAACGUUACUGUAUUAUCUAGAGAGGAGGUGCUCGCCUCACCGCCUCAAAAAGAUGAGGCGUUGCUCCAAAAUGAGUCCAGCGCGGAAGGGGCCGCGCUGUGUAUAAAGGGGGCCGAGGUGAAGGUCCGCGGGGAGGCCGAGGGGAGGCCGCGGAGGCCCAAGGGGGCCGGCACGCCGCAGCAUGGAGACACGCAGUUACUAGAUCGAGAAUAUCAGAGGUUUAUGGAAGCCUUGGAAGUGGCGGAGGCCCAGGUUCAAUCCCGCAGCACCACGCCCGUGCGCGCAGAAGACACAGAACAGAAGAGAGCAGAAGAGAAGAAGCUGAGCAGCGAGGGCUGGAGCCAGGAGAGCGAGCUAGAUGAGGAGAGUGUGGUGAAAAAGAGAAAACAGAAAGGGGAGAAAGAGAAAGCACGCAAGAGGAAGAGAUCCCCCUCUACUCUCUCGUCCGCCACCGACGAUGAGGAAGUCAAGAGGAAGAAAGGCAAGAAAAAGAUGAGUAAAAAGUCUAAAACUAAGCUGUCGAAGCGUCGUCGCACUGACAAGAAACAUAUGAAAAAGCUAAAAGACAAACAGAAGAAGAAAAGUAAAGCGGUGAAGAUCUCUGAAGAAGAGGAAUCGCCCAAAAAGAAAUUAAAAGACAAGAAAAUCAAAAAGAAACUGAAACUAAAAAAAAAACAAAAGAAGAAAAAAGCUAAAUCCAGCAGCUCGUCCAGCAGUCCGUCCAGCUCCGACUCCGACAACAGAAAGAGAAAGAAGAACAAGAAAAAGAAGGAGGAAGCGUUCGACGUGAACAUUCUCAAGAACAUCAAGACUGAGAAGUUGACAGAUGACGAGAUAUGUCACAAGAUGAUAGAGGAAUUCUCACCUAGAAGACAGCCGGAGAUGAGACCGAUCAUUAAUGUGAAGGAACUGGGGGUCCAGAUAAAACAGGAGGUCGAGGAAGACAGGAUGGAAGAGACGGGGGCCAUGGAUGAUUUUGAUCUAAGCAACAAUGAGGAAUUUAUGGAUGCCGGUAAUGUGGAGAAGAAUGAAUUCAAGGAACCCCAAGACCGCCUAACACCGCAACGACCCGAGGAGAACUCGCAAUGCUCUUCCCAAGACUCGGCGUGCAGCGACAAACCCUCCUCCUACGAGAAAGACGACAGCCACCUGCGACCCUCCUCGCAAAACUCAAACUACAGCUUUAAUGACGUCAUCGCGAGCCAAACUGGACUCUAUAACAAGGGCAUAGAGGCGGAUGACAAUGAAUAUGAACCAGAGAAUUAUGAGAUGUACGAGCAACUGGCGAUGGCGUAUCAGAGCGAUGUUGCUAGUAAUCAAGUUCCCCUGCCCAGUGAGGAAGGCACGCAGCGCAUAGAGACGGUGGUGCGGCGACGCGGCGAGAUCAAGUGCGACUGGCGCGCCGGCGCCGCGCCGCCGCCCGGGCCCGGGCCCGGCAGCACCCGCGCCCGGCCCAGUCGCUGGGGUUUGAAACCGGGCGAAGUGAAUAUCGUGCUGACGGGCGGCGCGGACUUCACCCCAGAGCCCGUGUACCGCAUCGACACCAUCACCAGCAGAAACGACACCAGCGAGGGCAGCUACGAUGAAGCGUACAUGGACAUGUACGGUGCGAUGGACCGGCUGCAGUACGGCGACUGCUUCUCUGCGACCGACGCGCAGUCGCAGCAACAGUCGCAGUCGCAGGAAGACAGACGCGGGACGCUGGACGAUAGGAUCGACCAGGCGUUGAGGCACACGGUUUUGGGUGAGAUAGCGAUGGAGCCGGAACAUAAAGACACGGAUGCUGACAAGGACAACAGGGAGAAAGGCAUACUGAUCACGUCGGGCGGCGGGCGCGGGCGCAAGCGCGUGAGCUUCGCGGACGGGUACGCGCCGGGGCAAGACUCCGACACCGAGGAACCGCCGCCCAAGAAGCGCAUGCGCGGCCGUCGCUCGGGCUGCGCGUGGCCGUGCCCCGCCACGCACGCGGACCACGUGCCGCUGUGGGACGCGCUGCCCCCGCCCCCGCCCCCGCCCGGCUCGCCGCCCCCCGCCCCCGGCGCCGCGCCCCCCCUGCACCUGCUGCGCCGACCGCCCCCGAGGGGGCUCGCGCCGCCGCAACACCAACACAAGUUCGACCCCAACGUGCCAAUGCCCGCGUUCAUGCCGCCAGAACCACCGCCCGGACUUAUCUCCUUCCAAUAG